GUAACGAGCCGUACAAAGACAACAAGAAGAAGACUCGUCAUAGUAGUAGCUAGCAUUAAUGUCGCCGGAUAUAAACAAAGGCUACUGCCUCCGAACAGUGUGGCAUCAAAGGCAGCUGCAUUUAAACAGUGUAACAUCAAAGGCAGCUGCACAUCAGUGGCAGUUUCUGUUGACACCGGAAGUGCCUCCACGAGCUGCCGCUGCCACGAUUUGAGCUCGCCCCUACUGGAGGACUGAGUCCGGUUUGAACAGUGCAGCUCCGCGUUGUCUUUGUCUUUUCACCGCACAGCAGAUCAGAGAAACAUGGUGCAGCUGCAUGUGAAGCGAGGCGAGGAGAGUCAGUUUCUCUUCAGCACCACAGUGGACGUUCAGCUGGACGCAGCCAUCAGGCAAGUUACAGCCAUUUACAACGGGAGACUGAAGGUGGAGCGAAUAUGUUCAGAGAUACCGGAGCUUGCAGACCAUGGCGUCACACUGCCACCCAACAUGCAGGGGCUGACAGGGGAGCAGAUCGUGGAACUGAAUCUGAGAGACGAGUGGGAGGAGAAGUGCGAGCCCAGCGGAGGACCAGUAUUAAGGAACGAUGAGAUUGGGAGAAGGAACGGACAUGCUCCUAAUGAUAAAAUGAAAGAGGUGUUGAUGAGAACAAUGGACGAGGCAAAGGCUCUAAUCUCCAAAAAACAAGUUCAGGCUAACGUCUGUGUCACCAUGGAGAUGGUGAAAGAAGCGCUGGAUCAGCUGAGAGGUGCCGUGAUGAUUGUGUACCCCAUGGGGCUGCCUCCUCACGACCCCAUCAGGAUGGAGUUUGAGGAGCGGGAAGACCUUUCAGGAAUGCAGGCGUCUCUGCAGGUGAUCACAGAGGACGAGAGCCAGCUCUGGUGGGCGGCCAAAGAGAUGCAAAGGGGGAAGAAACUGCAGGACUACGUCGGUAAAAAUGACAAGACAAAGAUUGUGGUGAAAAUCCAAAAGAAAGGGCAGGGGGCGCCAGCGAGGGAGCCUCUGGUCACUGAAGAGCAGCAGAAACAGAUGAUGAUGCACUGCUACAGAAGGCAAGAGGAGCUCAAGAAACUGGAGGAGACGGAUGAGGACAGCAGCCUGGACUCCAACUGGUCGGACAGAUCGGCUCUGAAAAAACAGUUUCAAGGCCUCUCCAACAUCAAAUGGGGGCCGAGAUAAAGACCCGCUGUUGGUCCUGGUCGGACUCAGCAUCAUAUGCAACGAGAUGCCUUUGAGACAUUUGUUCACUGUUGUUAUUUGAGGUCUUCCACAAGAUAUUUUAUACAUCUUUAAAGUGCCUUGAGAUCAUGUAUAUUAUGAUUUGGCGCUAUACAAAUGAAAUUGUAUUGAACACCUGAUGGUUAUUUUUAACCAAACUGAAAUGUGAAGACAUCUGGAAACAAAAUGCAACAAAACUUUCAAUAUAAAUCUGAUUUAUUUUAACCUCAGUCUUCCUGCUGUGUUCCCUCUGAUUAGUAUCACACUGUUGAAACGCUACUUUGUUAUUAAAUCUGUAAACAAAUGAAAA